AAUGACUCUGCUGCGCCUCAUGGGUGCUGAGCUCUCUGACCACGACAGCCCUCUUUCCUUUCCUUACAAGUUCUACAGACGCAUACAAAACAACACGGUGGAGUCCCAGCUGGUUUUCAUCAGAGACAGUCUGGAGCUGAUUGAAGGUCUCUAUCUCCAUAACGACCUCUCCUCCGUUGCCUGGGAUACAGACAGGACGGACCACUUCCUGAUGACGCUGGAGAGACAGAGAGAAGGGAUCAGCAGCUGUCUUUCAACGGAGAGGAGAGCAGACAGCCGACUGAGGAAAUACUACCGGAGACUGGAGACUCUGCUCCACACGGGAGGCAGCAGUGCAUCCUGGGAGAUGAUCCGGAAGGUGACUGACCAGCACCUGCACCAGCUGAACCUGCUGGUGAACUUCAUGGUGGAACAGCAGAAGGAUUGACACCACGGUCUCCCCCCCCCCACCCCCCAACAUGGACCACCUCUUACCAUUUAUUUAUUUUAUUUAUUUAUUUAUUUAUCAUGUUUCUAUUUAUGAACCCAAAUAUGUAUUUUUGUAUGUACAGACUCUAAUUGUGAUUUUACUUGAAAACAUUUUGAUAACUGACAAACAUACUGUGUUUCUUAUUCUAUUUAUUCAUUUAUUUUAUACAUUUUUAAUCACAUUUUUAAUUGUUCAUUCAUUUUUUAAUCCUGUUGUCUAAGUCAA